UUAGCAUGUUGGCCAACACAGUAAGGGAAGAAGUAGGUUCGAUUCUCCCUUGGGCAUUUCUGAGUAGAGUUUGCAUGUUCUGCCCGUGCGUCGCCGGAUAUUCCGCUUUCCUCCCACAUCCAAAAACAUGCAGGUUCCAAAAUGCCUCACAUUGAGAAUGAUAUCAAGCUGGACUUCAAGGAUGUGCUCCUACGUCCUAAGCGGAGUACCCUCAAAUCAAGGAGUGAGGUGGACCUGAUGAGGAGCUUCACCUUCAGGAACUCCAAGGGCAGCUACAGAGGUAUCCCCAUCAUUGCUGCUAACAUGGACACAGUGGGUACCUUUGAGAUGGCCGUGGCUUUAAACCAAUUCACGGUCUUCACUGCGAUUCAUAAGCAUUACUCAUUGGCUGAGUGGCAAGAGUUUGCAGCCAAGCAUCCAGAAUGCCUCGAGAAUGUUGCAGUCAGCACAGGCACUGGCGAGGCUGACUUCGAGAAGAUGGCUGCCAUCUUGGCGGCAGUGCCACAGUUACGCUACAUUUGUGUCGAUGUGGCCAACGGCUAUUCGGAGCAUUUUGUCCACUUUGUCAAAGACGUCCGGGGGAAGUACCCCUCGCACACAAUAAUGGCAGGAAAUGUAGUGACGGGAGAGAUGGUGGAGGAGCUGAUCCUGGCUGGCGCAGACAUCAUCAAAGUAGGCAUCGGACCAGGCUCUGUGUGCACAACCCGCAAGAAGACCGGGGUGGGGUACCCUCAACUUAGCGCAGUGAUAGAGUGUGCGGAUGCAGCCCAUGGACUUAAUGGCCACAUCAUCUCUGACGGAGGAUGCACUUGCCCAGGAGACGUCUCUAAGGCUUUUGGUGCAGGAGCCGACUUUGUGAUGCUGGGCGGCAUGCUGGCGGGCCACACGGAGAGUGGCGGCGACACCAUUGAGAAAAAUGGCAAGAAGUACAAGAUGUUCUAUGGCAUGAGCUCUGAAGUGGCCAUGAAGAAGCAUGCAGGCGGCCUGGCUGAGUACAGAGCAUCUGAGGGCAAGACUGUAGAAGUCCCAUACAAAGGUCCGGUGGAAGUGACAAUGCGAGACAUCCUGGGCGGGGUCCGCUCCACCUGCACCUACGUGGGUGCAGCCAAGCUCAAGGAGCUGAGCCGCAGGACCACCUUCAUCAGGGUCACCCAGCAGCUCAACACCGUCUUCGGCAACAAUGCCUGAAACUCCAGACGGAUUGUUGAUGUCUUAAAAAGAGUCUGCAACACUGCUUGUCUGCGUCAGAAGCCGUAUGUGCACCGAUUCAGUUAUACCGCCAUUCCAUGUGUUAUGUCACCAUUUCUGCAUCGUCAUAUUUUCAUUUAGACCUUUUAAUGUCCUCCUCACGUAUUGCUAACGUCUUAUUAUUUAGAAAGCCAAAAGGUAUAUGCAACAGCCACAGCUUAAAUGUUAGGGGUUUUUUGCACUUAAUAUUUGAAGGGUCCAAUAUAAGGUUACAGAAUAUUUAUUAGUGAUUUAUUUCAUUUGGAAUUUCUUUUAAAAGUACAGUAAAUGUUAGAGCAGUGGACCUAUACAGGUAUAUACCAAAGUUUAAAUGUCUUCGUUUUAUCGAUGUUCACUUUCAGAUGAUUGUUUAAUGUUGCCUUUAAAGUAAGUGUUCUUCUUAACCUCAGUAAUCAAGUAACUGUGUCUUUUUGAUUUGGUGUUGUCACAACGUUUUUAAAUAACAGCACGAUGUAAAACCAUGUUUUUGAUGACCAUUUUAUAAAUCAAACUCUGUUCAACCGAUACAACAUUCCACAUGUUACAUACAUAGAGGGGUAUACAUGAAGGAGGAGGCGUGGAAGUUGAAACCAAAGAUUCAAGAGACUGGGAGUCGUGCAAGACUGCUUUCUUUGCUGUUCCAUUUAAUUUCAUCAAUUAGUUGUUUGAGUCAUUGCUGAAACGUAUGGAUGGAGUCCUCCAAGCUCAUGGGAGUCAUACACAAUAUAAUUGUU